GGAAGUGCCGCAGUGUGUCCGCGUCCAUUCUGUGGCGCUGCGUUCAUGUCGACCUGGGUUUUUAGCAGCUAAUCAGAAGAAACACACUUCAUUGUUUUUUAAACUAUAUAUAUAUAUCUAUAUAUAUAUAUAUAUAUAUAAGACGGCACAGAAUGGCCACUGAUUCAGGCUACGGUGGCUCACAAAGCUAUGGAUCAUAUGGCGGUCAGCAGAGUGGACAGGGCUAUGGCCAAGGAAAUGGCAGUAGCACUUACGGGGGGCAGAGUUACAGUGGCUAUGGACAGCAAGGUGCGACACAAGACGGUUAUAGCCAGUCUCAGCCACAGAGUUAUGAUAACUACGGACAGGAGUCAACUGGGUAUGGCGACAAGUCAUCUUAUGGGCAGCCGGCUUCCUAUGGCGCUCCAGGACAAGGAGGAGACAGUUAUGGACAGCAAAGCUCCUACGGCAGCCAAGGUGCCGGCGGUGGCAGUGUUGCUGGUGCUGGUGCCGGUGCUGGUGGCGGAAGUGGUGCCGGCGGCUAUGGAAGAUGGAGUGAUGGUGAAAGUGGUGGUCAGGCUGGGAGGUUCGGACGUGACCAAGGAGACCGGUCAGAAGGAGGGGGCUUCAGAGGCAGAGGCCGUGGCAGCUAUGAGCGUGGCGGUUAUGACCGCAGUGGUGGAUAUGAGCGCGGUGGCUUCGACCGCGGCGGAAGAGGUGGACCUCCUGGUAUGGGAGGUGGUGACCGUGGUGGCUACAAAAAUUACGGUGGCUCUCGAGACUACGGCUCAAGGGAUGAACCAGCUGGUGGUGAGCAGGACAACUCUGACAACAACACCAUUUUUGUCCAGGGACUGGGAGAAGAGGCCACGGUCCAGGAAGUUGGUGACUUCUUCAAGCAAAUUGGUAUCAUCAAGGUAAACAAGAAGACCGGCCUGCUAAUGAUCAACAUCUACUCUGAUAAGGCCACCGGUCGACCAAAGGGAGAAGCUACAGUGUCAUUUGAUGACCCACCUUCUGCCAAAGCCGCCAUUGAUUGGUUCGAUGGCAAAGAAUUCAAUGGCAAACCCAUCAAAGUAUCGUUUGCUACCCGCAGAGCUGAGUUCACACAGAGAGGAGGAGGAGGAGGAGGUGGUGGUGGCGCUAGUGGUGGAAGAGGGGGACGAGGAGGUUUCAGAGGUCGUGGUGGUGGUGGAGGUCCCAACUUUGACAUUAAGGGAGGAGACUGGCCCUGUCCCAACAGCUCUUGUGGCAAUAUGAAUUUUGCACGACGGCAAGAGUGUAACAAGUGUGGUGCACCCAAACCAGGAGAUGCAGGAUUUGGAGGUGGAGAUCGUGGAAGCAGAGGUGGUUAUGGUGGUGACAGAGGUGGUGGCUUCAGGGGUCGCGGAGGUGGUUUCCGUGGUGGAGACCGUGGAGGCUAUGGAGGAGGAGGAGGAGGUGGUGGCGGAGGAUUCGGAGGGGGCUACAAAAUGGGAGGAAGAGGUGACCGCAGAGACGACAGAAGAGACCGGCCAUACUAAGAGUUGAGCAGAUGGAAACCAUUCCAGCCCUGGAGUUCGCCAUGGAGGGAGGGUUUGGGUGGGGGGGGGACAGGGAGGGGCGUAGAUCAGACAUUCUGGUUUGUGUACCUUUUUGACGCCAGUGCAUCCCAGCUAUUACUGCUCAUCUGAGUGAGGGAAGGAUGUGUUGAGCGAACUGUUAAUGGGACUUUGGGGCUGAUGGCGCUGUUGGCAUGUGGUCAAAUGUUUGUUUUGGUUGUGUUUUUUUUUUUUUUUUUUUUUUUCUCCUGCAUUUUUGUUUUAUUUCUUUGUACAUCCUUUUUAAUUUUCCCUCAGAUUCUAGCUGCAGAUGUUUUGUGAGGUAGACUUCGUACCAUUGUUUUGUAUGAACGGAAUAAAAUGUUUUACUUGGGUUUUUCUUUUUCCAAAAUGAUAUUAAAAACUGUGAUCUUUU